AUGCGCGUCGUAGGAACCUUCCAUCCCCCGUCGUCGGUCGCGCGUUCGGUGAAAUGUUCGCUCACCGAAGACGCUUCUCUUCAACAUCUCGUCCUCGCAAAGACGGACAAACUUGAAGUAUACUCUCUCCGACCAGAUGGCCUCAAGAAGGAGUGUGUCACGGAUAUGUGGGGAAGGAUUGUCGGUCUGCAGGCUGUCCCGUCUGAGGACACUGGCAGGUCUGACCUGCUGGUUAUGACCGACCAUCCUGAUCCUAAUCUCAUUCUCAUGUCGUACGUUGUCGAUGCUGGGGCUCCGUCAGUGGUCCCGAUAGGCUCUCUAUCCCUCUACGAUCGCGCGCUGCGACAGUCCGAGUUCGUUGUUGAUUUUCAAGUCGACCCCACCGGCAGCAUCGCGGUCGCGAGUUGCUACACAGGCAAAUUGAAGGUGGUGGUGCUUGAGAAGGGAAAGUUGGGGGCCGCAUUCGACGUUUCCCAUUCAGACUUGUAUAACCUUCUCGCCUUCACCUUCCUCCAUACCGAAAGCCAUAAUCAAUACACUCUUGCUCUCCUCCAUCUCAAUCACCGCCAGGAGAUCCAGCUAAUUAGCCGUGAUCUCGACCUAGCGGAAUACGAACUCUCCCCAGACCCAUCCACCCUUCUUUCGCAUACACUUCUCCCGAGGAAGCGCUUUCCGUCUAUAGACCCGCCUCCCAUGCUCAUACCUGUCGCCGGUUACUCGACCGGUAACGAAGACGACGAAGACGACGAAGCGAGUGCGAUCCAUCGCGGAGGAGUGUUGGUGCUCGGAGGGACGAGGCUCUCGUUCUACGAACACGCGUCAGACAGCGAACAAGAGACGCGCAAAGGGAAACAAAGCAGGGUCAACAAGCGUCGCUCAAGUGGGAAGAAGGAGGAGAUUGCUCAAGCUAAUGCGAAAGAAAGGGAGAGAGCAAGUCGGACACUGCCUCCACGCGCGAGCGUGAGAUGGCCGUGGGCUGCAGUAACUGCUUGGUGCGAUCCCGCCCGGAAUUCUCGGCGGUUCAUUCUGGGUGACGCAUACGGUCGUCUGUCCAUGCUGGCCUUCGACGACAAGCGCAUGUACAUCACGCUACUCCCUCUCGGCGAGACUUCACCCGCUACUUGCAUGACGUACCUUUCCUCUCAAGUUCUCUAUGUUGGCUCUCAUUUCGGGGAUUCACAAAUCGUCCGCAUACACCCAUCUCCCAUCGCCAAUAGCAAUUCCCCCACACUUCCUAUACCUGCGGGUAUCUCAACUCUUCCACCGUCUGCAUUGGCCCCAUCCGAGAAAGGGAAGGGAAGGGCGGUGGAUGACGAUUCGGAUACAAGAUUCAAAGGACGUGUUGUAGGUAUGAAGGGGACAUUCAUCGAAGUUCUUCAGACGCACAGCAACAUUGCACCAAUUUGUGACGCUCUCUUGGAGGACAUAGACGGGAGUGGGCAGCCUCAAGUUGUAACAUGUUCCGGCGAUCGUAACACAGGUUCCUUAAGAGUCAUUCGUACAGAGGCGGAUUUCCGGGAACAUGCACGAAUAGAUGGGCUUCAGGGAAUCACAGAUGUCUGGCCCGUACGGCCGACAUUUUUGGACUUUACGCAUACACACCUUGCGGUGUCGGUCCUUCAAGGAACCCUGAUCUUUGCGUUCUCCGGGAAGGACAGCAUCACUCACCUUGAUCCGGCAUCUCUCGGAUUCGUCACUGAUGCCCCCACUUACGCGCUUGGAAAUAUUCCCCGGAGAAAAACAACCACUAGUGGCAAAUCUGCGUAUGUGGAUUCUCCCUUGGUUGUCCAGAUCACCCCCAAAGGAGUUCAGCUCGUGGAAUGCGAUCCUACUCUGGCCACGUUUGACCACUAUGGAAGCUGGACUCCGCGUGAUGCAGGCGGCGACUUCGUCGGUAGACAAGUCAUUGCAGGCGCUAUGAGUCCCAGCCAAUACGUAGUGGGGCUCAGUGGCUGUCGUCUGGUGCUCCUUAACCUCGACCAAGACGACUCACUCAAGAUCUACACGCAACGUGACUUCCUGAACGAGAUUUGUGCCAUUUCCUGCAACCCAUUCGACCCCUCCAAGAACUUCACAACCUCAGUAGCCGUCUCGUUCUGGGGCUCGAACUGCAUCGAAGUACUCAACCCGGCUGCAUCCCUCGCGACCACGCAUAGUGUCUCGCUCUCCAGCCUACCGUGUUCCGUACUCCUCCACAACUUCGGCACUGGCACAAGCUCCUCUGGUCCUGACUUCCGACCACACCUUCUUGCUGGUCUGGCCGACGGUACAGUUGCGACAUACGAAAUACGUGGAACGAAGCUCGCAGAGCCGAAGACGAGUUCAUUAGGAAAUGCACCUGCGAGCCUCUCCGUUUGCGCGGUCGAGGACCAGUUGGUAGUUUUCGCGAGCGGAGCUCGCGCAAGCGUUUUGCAUUGGAAUGGUCACCGGUUGCGACCUUCACCUGUUGCCAUCAAGGUGAAACCUGGUCAAGGGAACGACACUGAAUACCACUGCAUUCCCUCCUGCUUAGCUAUUGCCACAUCGUCAUCGUUGCUUGUCGGUAACCUUCGUGGGAUGAGCAAAAUGCAGAUCAGUACGAUUCCACUGGGAUCGGACUUGUUCGGCGUGGCUUGCACCAAAACUGCCAUCGAGCGCGUAGGGGACAUACCAGAGGUCACGAGCUCCUUCAAACUCAUCGACGCUCACUCCUUCCAGCAGCUCGACAGUUUUGCAUGCAAGCCAGAUGAAGUGGCCUUCUCAGUAUGCAUCCUGUCGGUGCCAGGCCCAGUCCCCAGAACUGCAUUCUGUGUGGGCACUGUUGUUUUCCGGCCAGAGGAGACGGAGCCUUCGCACGGGCGCAUCGUUGUCCUGGGAGUGUCAAGCCACAGUCCGCGCUCUCUGGAGGUGCUUGCCUCCCAUGAGGUCUAUGGCGCAGUCUAUACCAUUGAACCCAUUUCCGACGCAUUGUUCGCAGCCGGGUCGGGACCUCUGUACGUGACCAUCUUCAGGAUCGAAGAGAGCGCUGCUGGCGAGACGAUGACACACAGCGUCACGAAGGUCGCAGAGUGGAAUCACAACUACGCUGUGACACAAAUCGCGUUCGAUGGCACCUACCUGCUGGUCUGCGAUGCAAUCAGCUCGGUUUCAGUGGUCCAAUGGAACGAAGAGCGCGAGAAGAUCGAGUGCGUUGCACGGGACUACAGUCCGCUGUGGCCAAUGUCGAUCGCAACCAGCGAGGACGGCGUCAUUGGAAGCAAUAGCGACUGCAACCUCUUUUCGUUUGUCCUCCAGUCACAUGGCCAGCGGAAGAUCCUUGAGAGGAACGGCAUCUACUUCAUCGACGACGUAGUGAACAAGAUCAUUCCCGGCCGGCUCACUUCGGUGGACGCGACGGGCGACCAAACCGUGCGGCCUAGCCACGUCUUCUUCACCGCGUCCGGCCGCAUCGGCGCAAUCAUGGAGGUGGGCGACGCUGAGGCGCUCCACAUGACCGCCCUGCAGCGCAACAUGGCGAAGACACUACUCGGCCCCGGCGAAGUCGACCACACCAAAUGGCGCUCGCCGGCGAACGAGCAUGGACACUCGGACGCGGAGAAGCAGUCGUUGGGAUUCCUCGACGGCGACUUCUUGGAGACGUUCUUGUCUCACCCAGAUCCAGAGAUGUUCAUGGAGGGUGACGUGGAGGCGGAGCGGAUCACGAUUCCGAUAACCACUGUAAAGGACGUGCUGGUGCAGAUGCAGAGCUUGCACUGA